AUUCCGGUUAGAUUCAUACGUGUUAAUCACGAUGCUACGAAUACUUUUAAUGUCCAUGGAAGCACUCCUUUUGUGAUCGUAAAGCAUCCUUGCUUUUGUUACGCCUGGGUAAUAGCCUCCAGUACGAACGACAGAACGUAGAACUAGAAAUCUAUAUAAUAUAUAUAAGGUUCUAGAAUUUCGAAUCUUAAAAUUAGUUUAUUUAAGAAUAAAAUUGUUACGUAUUCCGACCACGGGCUCGAGGCAUAGGUCGAAGGCAACAAAAUUAGCAGACAUAUCAUUUAAGACAAUACAAUUGUUACAGAAACUAAGUUUCUACUAAUAUAAUUAUUAUUAUACGUAAUGUAACUCUUAAACAAAUUUAGAGAUUCAAAGGCAACGGCGUAGAUAGUGAUAAAUGGAACGAAGCGAUAAAAUUCUUUGACUCUGCAAAUCCAGAAAUCAUCAACAUCAGAUUAUUCGAGAAAAUAUCAUUUUGAUUAUUUUGAAGCAGUAGCGCUGGCAUUAAAAAGAAAAAAAAAAAAAAAGAAAAAAAAAGAAAAAUAUAACUUAACAACACUCGUCAUUUCUUCGUCGUGCUCUAUUUUAAUCAGAGAUCACAGAAAUAUAUCGUUUCUAUGACGAGAUAUCUAUGAUCAUAAAAAAUUAAUUGGAAAUAACGACAACAUCUGAUUUUCUACUUACAUGCGAAAGGCUUAUAGUAGUAAUAUCUGGAUUUGGAGCAGUGUGGCUAUGUAUAGAGCUGCUGGAGGCUGCUUACUCAGACAAUGGAGAGAAGGCAUAACAAACGAAGCAAUGAAAUAGUAACGAAGAUAUGCAUGAAUUGUACAAACGAGUCCCUCCACGUCACAGAAAAGAAUGAUAUAUAUAUCUAUAUAAAGAAUAUAUAUAUGUAUAACAAAAAUGAUAAAUAUGUGAUGUAUUUAAAUGAUAUGUGGUAAAUGAUAUAACAUUAUUUGUACAUAGACGGACCCGUGCCAUCAACUAAUGAGUUGUACCGAUAUUAUUACUGCCAUUAGUUCUGUCGCAGUAACAUCGAGUUCAAUGAAUCUGGAUCAUAUAUUAAACGCAUCAAAGAACACACUUUUUAUUUUUGUUUUCAUAUCUUUCAAUAGACUAUUUUUAAUGCAUAAGAUUAGACGAAACAAAAAAAAAAAGAAACAUAAACUAAGAUCUUUUAACAUCAUUACAUGGAUAAUCAACAGAAAAUACUCUACUAUUCGUUCGUUUCUUUCCAUUUUGUUUAACUAAUACAUUAGUACAUCUAUCUCGGCGAACUAUAUUUUUAAUUUCUCUAAUUUCUUGUUCUUACUUUACGCAUCUAUAGCAACAAAAUUUCUCAAAGUGAACGAUUGAUUUUUCUCAAUGAUACCGCGUCAACGCAUCUCUCAUAUUCUAUGGCACAAACAAUAACUCGUAUGUUGCAUAAGAUCUCGAUAAUCGUUAACUAAUACUAACAAUAGCGAAAUUUUUAAUGUCUUUUCCGCGGUAUAUUGGUACAACUCGACGAAGAAAGUGUAGCAUGAUUAUACACUCGAGGAAUGUGCUCACGAAUACCGCAUUGAGGAGAUAAAAAGAGUCUACUAGAUGACAUUUACGGAAAAUUACUCUUAACAAGUGAAAACUUAUUACAAAUUAUCGAUAUUGUAAUCUAUUCGCCCUCUUACCUAUUACCUACUUUAAUGUCUAUCUCUAUACACCAGCAUGGUUCUUUAUACUCUUCUAUUUGAUGUUAUAGUAUUCUCUAUCAACUUUUACUACAAAACGUAUUGUUAAUGAUAUUUUUAAUGUACAAGGACGUGGUCAGCUGUAGGCCGUCCCACGAUCACCUUCACUCUCACGAUCUUGUGCGAGGCGACGGCCGAUUUUCAAUAACAAAAGAUAAGAAAAUAAAAAAAAAAGAGGAAGUAAGAUCAAAAAAUUAAUCUCACAACGGGAAUAGAUCGAAAUAAUUUGACUUGUUUUGUCAAAUAUUCUGUAUGCGAGACAAAGAGAGCUUAAUGUUAGCGUGAAAAAAAUAUAAAAAGAAAGGAAAAUGAAAUAAAAAGGAAAAGGCUAAUGUUCGUCGUGUUAUACGAGUUAUCGCAAUAAAUUCCAUAAAUAGAUAACUUAUAGGACAGAGAGACUCGUUCGUAUUUAGCAAUAUCGCGACGCGAUUUCCAUUAUCGUCGUUUUUCCACUUCUCUGCUCAUACGGUUGCUAUCGAUAAGUACCUAAUAUUAUAUACGUUUAGAUUCUUCACCUCGUUAGACUUUUAAGCGUAACGCGAUAUAUUUAUUAUUAUCUAUAUCCAUAUACAAUUUACGUAUGCGUGCCGAAAAAAUGGCGGCUCUACUACCGAUAUAUUUAUAUAUGUAUAUAUCAAAAUCGCUCGAAGGUUGACGCGACAAGCAAUAUGGACAAUAUACGUAUAUUUAUUAAAUGCGUUAAAGAAACGUGGGCCGACUACAGCUGGCCAAGAAUGAAAGGAAAAGAGAGACAGAUAAAUAGAUAGAUAGAGAUAGAUAGAGAAAAAGAGAAAGAAAGAGAAAGAAAAAGAGGGAGAGAAAGAGAUCUGCUUUAAGUCUUACCUAUAAAACGCAUGUAACGUGAGAUACCCGGUUGACUUUUGAAAAAGGAACAUUUGAAAUUUUUACAAUCUUUUACUUCAACGUUUUCAUAUUUUCUUCGUUUAAAUAAUCAGAUAUAUAAAAAGAAAGAUUUAUUUAACAAAAUCAGUAAUAAUUCAAAACAACGUUUCUUAAAAGAAACUUAAUUGUAUUUUAUUUAUUACAAACAUAAGACCAUUAUAACAGAUUUUAACAUUAAUAUAGAUUAAAUAUUAAGUAGGUUAAAAUCGAAUUUUGAAUUCCUGAAUUUUCAAUAGAAAACCGGGACUUACCGUCAUAUUUAAGCAUAGUUCAGUCAAUUUGAAGCGCGACCUGGUACCCAGUUGCCAACGAAAGUAGGGCCUAAUCGAACGUGAAACCUAUCGACAGAUUCUUCGAUUAAAGAAAUUACGAUAAACGAAAAAAAGAAAAAGAAAAAAAUGAGAUCGUGAGAAACCCCUCCCCCUAUGAGAGAAGGCAAGAAAAGUCCCCUUCUUCCCUUUCAAAGUGAAGCUUAGCAACGAGAACGUACGUACUCGCAUCUUCGUCCAUGUUGAUUAUAGAAACGAAGAAAGAAAAAGAGAAUAAGAGAAAUAAAUAGAAGGAAAAGAAGAGAGAUUCUUCGAACCUAAAACAAAUUUUUCUCUUGCAAAAUCUUUUCGAUAUUCGCGUCAAGAAACGAUCUUCUCGAUCUCCUCUUGUUGGGCGAAACGCAGAGAGGAUAGAAGAUGAAAAAGGAAAAGGGAGAAAAAUUCGAUAUACCGAUUACUGACUAAACAUGAAAACAGUUUAGGCAGGGCAACGAGCGGCUGCGCAUCAGUAUUACAUUAAAAGCGAUACUUAGACAUAUAAUAAAAUUAAACGAUUAUAUAUAAAUUAUAUUACGUAUACAUAUAUACCGUUUUAUUUAAUAUAUGAAUACAUAUAUAUAUAUAUAUAUAUAUAUAUACAUAUAUAUGUGUAUAUGUGUAUGUGUAUAUAUAUAUAUAUGGAUAGAUGUCAAAGAGAAGAAAGAUCAACGGUAUAUGUAUAUAUGCACACAUAUAUGCACGUAUAUACUAGGAUAUAUAUAUAUAUAUAUAUCUGCAAGGAUGUAUAUAUAUAUAUGUAUACAUACACAUCAGCAUAUACGUAUUUAUGUAUAUGUACAAGGAGAUACAGAGGCACUAAAUCUUUGAUGUUGUUUGUUAAUUAAGCUCCAUGAUUAAUACAGGAAAGCGACCGAUGGAACUUUCGGUAAACUUUGAGAAUCUUGAAUGAACAAACUCUUCUCGAAGGAUAAACUCGUGUAUGCCUAUUUCACGUAGAAAGAGAACAAACUGUUUCGAACAGAAGGAAAGGAAUAUCGUGGAACACAAAAGAGUAUUAAAUACCUAAAGUUAUGCAAGAAGAAGGCAUCGAGAGGUUACCGAAACUUCGCCGGUCUCAUGAGCACGAUUUAUUAAAUGUAUCAUUAAAUACUAUAGAAAGAAAGAGAUUGAGAGAAAGAGAUUGAGAGAAAGAGAUUGAGAGAGAGAGAGAGAGAGAGAGAAAGGGAGAGAGAGAGAGAGAGAGAAAGAGAGAAAGAGAGAGAAAAAGAGAGAGAGAGAGAGAGAGAUCGAGAGAAUGAAAGAAAAAUCGUGUAUGAAUGAGAGCGUAUGAAAGGUAAGAAAGAUAGAGACAAAAAAAAAGGUUUUAAUACUCAGAUGUAAUGAAUGAUUUAACCGUCGUUUUCAAAAUGAAUAUGUAAGAUUAAUGCUGAGUAUAUAAAGUGAUUAUAUUAUAUAUAUAUUAUUACGACAUUGCAUACUAAGUAUAUGUAUAUGUAUGACGAUAUAUCUAUAUAUACAUAUAUAUAUAUGACUAUUUUCUUCUAUGAAUAUUACGAGUGACUGGUGUGUGUUAUUUUCAUCAUACGUCUAAAGACGCUCGGCACAAAGCGAGAACGAACAGCUAAUUGAUCUCAUUGUCGGAAAAGAAUCGGAUUUAAAUUGGCGAACUUUUAAUAAAUCGCCUUACGAACGAAUCAUAAUCGGCAAACUCCGUACAGGUUGAUUCGUUUUAUAAGACUAUGUUAAUACUUUCCUAGUAACAUAAAGAAAAUAAAUAAAUAAAUAUUUCUUCUCGCUAAAGGUCGAGCGUCUUCUCGCGAGCUAUCUCAACACUGAGUUAUACAAAAAAAAAGGGCGAAUAAUAAAAAAAGAAAGAUAUAUGAUGUGUAAGCCAAGUGCCUUGUGUUCUGGUAACUAAUCGUUGACUUUUAACUAUGAUAUUAGACAGAGUGAGAGAAUCGGGAAGGAAAGUGGGAGAGAGAUGAUGAUCGGAGAUAAUUAAAUAAAAGAAAGAAAAAACACGAUACGCGGGAAGUGGAAAAAGUAAAUGUUGAGAACUUGAUAAGGAUAAGAAAAAUAUUCAAACAAGAUCUUCGGCAAAGACGAAAAAUAUUAUUAUACGUGGUUACGUUUCAGAGUCGACGAAGCAAUACGGAAUCAAUAUCCUAGUUCUUUCAUCGAAUACAAUACGUAUAAUAAAUCUAUCGUCUACAUUUCGGGCACGCAGAACUCACGAAAAGUACAAAUUGUUAAUUUUCUUAAACGAUAAAUGAUAUCACCACUCGAAUACGUAUCGAGAAUCAUGUUAAUUAUGAUCCAAAAUUGUAAUGUCACGACUUUCUCGUUUCUUCGCGUGCGUUUUAUUAUUUUCCUUACUUUGUUUCUCAAAAAGUCAUGAACUUUCUCGUUGCUUUGCAGAUCUUUUACAACGACAACAAUGUGCCAAAAUGCGUUGAUACAGCGACAACGCGCGUACCUGUCUCUCUGUGAAACUUAUCUAUAAGAAUCACUCGUUCGAUCGUAAAGAAAAAGAAAAGACUUUUCCCCCUCUUCCUUCUUCAACCUCCACUGCCUCGUCCAAAGAAAGAAAUGAAAAACGUAACAAGAAAAAAAAAUAACAAAACUUAACAUGUACAUUUUUCUCGUUCGAUAAACAAAAAUUCCGUUUCUUCGUCGUCUCUGUGACGCGUCUGUACUAAAAGAGCAAACGAAAGACAAUUUUUACGCGAGGUCUCCCGUAUCGUAUCGAAGAGUGAAAAAAAAAGGGAAAAGAAAGAAAGAAAUAAAGUUGGAAUCCGAUGCUGGAGGGAUGAGGAGGAUAAUUAUUACUGUAAUCAUUACUAUUAUUAGAAACACUCCUGCCACACCGCACUCUAGAUUCCACUAAUAGUACGGGGUCUUUUUCAUUCCAAUGAGAAAAAGCGUUUUGAUGUUUGUGAUAGAAUAAUAAAAGAGAAAAGGGAAACGAGAAAAACGAAAAGACAGAAAAAGAGAGAAAGGAUUAUCAGAAAGAAAACUAACUUGAGCACGUAGCUAAUUAUUCGAAGAAAAGUAAAAAAAAAAAAAAAAUAUAAUUCAAAGCUAGCUGUAAACCUACAUUCAUGUUUCUCUCUAAUGAUUCGACUUAAGGUAGACUCUUCUAUCCUGUAAAGUAUUUGCUCACUUCGAUAAGGAAUUGAUGUACAUAUUAGAUCUCGGUAGAUAGUAAAUAUGCCGUGAUCCGAGGGAUUUUUGUAUCCAUGGAGACCCGAACGUAUGUCUUCGAAUAAAAAUUAGAUCAUGAAUAUAUUCGAUAAUGAUGACAAACGAAGAAAAUCCAAAGAGAAGGAAAAAAGGAUACUUAGUCUCAUGGAUACAUAAGAUGUUGAAUGAAAAAGACCCUAAACCGACAAUCCUCCAUUAGAUAGUCCUUAAACAUGUGCGUGUUAGUGAUUGGGUAUGAAUGCGUAUGGAAAGUAUUAAUUUGUAAGACGAUGGAUAGGAAGGAAGCGCCCUACUUCAGUUAUAUAUCCUCGAUAUUGUUAUGUACUUUCCUUUUGAUAGUAAGUAUAAUGCGAGCCUCCUUUGCUCGAUGAGUGGUAUUAGAAUGCUAACGGCAGUAUCGAGAUUCUUUUAUUUCUCGUGUAUAAAUAGUAGAACAUAAAACUUUCUCUCUAUCGAAUUUCAAGCUCCUUUUAGUAAACCAAUGCUAUUAUCACAAAGUAUCGAUUGAAAUCUUAAAAAUUUAGAAUAUUAGAGAGUACAUCACUGUCGUUGGUAUCCUUUCUCACUCGAUUUGUUACUCUUAUAUCGUUAACAAUGGUCCUCCUUUCUGCGUGAUCUCCCAUUAUGCUGAUGCGUUAAGAGCGUACACAGUUGGAAGUAACAAUCGAAAUCGUUCGAAUAACUUACCGGUAAGAGAAAAAUAAGUACUCGGCCAACUCGCGACGAAAAUAUAUCUAUCCAACUUCGUACGCUUCAAGACGGAGCAGAAAAGACGCUUAACAAUAAAUACUGUGCCAAAUCGUCGACCUUGUAAUCAAACUCAUGCGUAUAAUCAAAGUGAAUCUAAUCAAAGUUCGCGUUUCUUCGAUUUCAUAACACCGAGCCCUAAGAAAGCUGUCGAUGCGAAUGCGUAAAAAGUGAAAAAGAAAGAGAGAAGAAAAUAAUGAGAAUCAAAAUCUCGUUGUACCUUUCGACGCUUUGCAAAGACUCCCUAAGUCCUCCUUCCCAAAUCCCGAUAAAGCGCGCCACUCUUUUAAACGAUUUAAAAUAAAAGACAUUCUUUAAACGAGAAAAGCAGGCCCACAAUGGCAAACGUGUAGUAUGCAAUAAUAACAUGUAUAAAGAGCAUGGAUUUUAUAUGUGUCGUGUUCGUACAUGGGUAAAAAAAAAAUAAAAAAUAAAACGUAAUACGAUUCCCAUCUCCCCGCAUCCGUUAAAAAAAAAAAAAAACGAAUUAAUUGGACGAAACGAAGGAGAUGAUAAGUUUGCUUUUCGCGAAAUUUGUGAUUAUCUUCGGUGUGAGUGAGAUUAUGUUGAGAAAGCAAACUUAUUUUCCUCUAGCUGCUCGUCCCGAAAUGUAUUUAAGCUGCUCAUCUAAAUAUAAAAGUCGAAAUAACUUUUGUUACUGUCUCAGUAGGAAAACGAUGGAUCGGCUUCGAGAGUCGUACGACGAUAUAGGGAUGAUAAUUUGACAAUCACUAAAGAAACUUUAGGAUCCAAUCAGAAGAAAACAAAAAAGAAAAGUACGAAGAAAAAAUUAAAGAGAAACUCUGUUCGCUCUUUUCGCAAUGAUAUUCCUUUGAACCUCUCGUUUGAGUAUUCCGUCACCUUCGAGAUCACAGAGGAACAUCAAAGUCGGAAAGAAUGAAUUAAUGAGAGGGGACGAUGAUUCGACGACGACUCUCGAUUCAAUUCCCUAAACGAUUGCUAAUCCAAAGUAUAGUAAAGGAUUAAGAUGAACGGCGUGCUCGCGAUGAUGCGAAACAUGUUACGUGUUAGGCACUCUUUAAGAUGUAACGAUAAUAAGAAGAGAGUACAGACAGGAGAUACAAGAGACGUCUGUUGUAAUAUAAUACAUAAUAUCCAUAACCGUGCCCAAGCUCCAAACCAAAAAAAGAAAGAAAGAGAAUGAAAGAAUAUGAAAAUACGACGACCUGAGAGAGAAGAGAAGACGCAUCCACCGUAAAAUCUUUUGCCAGGGCAAUAUUCUCGUGUCGCCUAGAAAGAGAAAGGGUGUCCUCGAGAUGGUGGCGUUUUCUAACAUUUAUAUACUUUUAAGUAACGCUAUUACAAACCCCCCGAAAAAAGAUAAAAGAAAAGAAAAGAAACGUAAAACAAACAAUCACAGUAUUAAGAGACAAAGACGACGCGACGAGCGAAUAAUAGUUGCACUUUGUACGCUUCGACUCCUUUCAUAGAACAAUACAAACAUCGUACGCGUUAAACGAAAAACGCGUCAUUACUUUCAAAUUAUUAUACAUACACAAGAUGCCAAGAAUUUUUGUAAGAUACAUCUUCCAAUCUCUACCAAUGUGAGGGUCGAGAGCCGCCAAGAAGUAUAUAUCCGUGUUGCUCGAUGAUACUAAAAUGAAAGAAGAAAAGAGAGAAAGAGUAAAAGAAAGAAAAGAAAACAAAGAAAUGAAAUAUGCGAUGUGAGCCCUUCCAAUGAUUCUCCCAUAAAGAGAGGGGCUGGACAAAUAUUUUCUUACAUCUUAUAUACCGACUUUCCUGUAAAUCCUUCCGACUUCUCAUCAGUGCACUGUAUAUAGAAGAAUAUAUGUCAUCCUGUGUAUUUUUGUGUAAGGAUAAGGCAAAAAGACCUUCCUUAAACCUGUACAGAUGUCGAUGUCUCACUGUUGGCUGUUGGUGUUCCUUUUUGCAUCACGAAAAUCGUUGAAUCGUGUGUUAUUCGCGCUUUCAUCUCGAUUGUGAGAAAAAAAUAAUAUGUAUGUAUGUAUAAAAACGUAAAAUAAAAGUUCAGCUCGAUGUACGUCCAGCCCUCUAUCUCUAGAACUCGUUACGGCAUCGCAUAGUUGUUCUCUCUCCGACGAUAGCGCGAGGGUUCCCUUUAUUUGAUGAAAGAAAUUUUAUUCCCCGUCAGUGGGAACGUCUAUUUGCAAUAAAUAUUUGUAAAAUAGCCGUUUAAAUUUUACGUUUUAAAGGAAGCCGCGGUACAGGAUUGAAAAAAUAACUUUCAAUACUCGUUUAAAGUAGCUAGUCAAAUAAAGAAAAUGGAAUACCCGGCGUGACAUGUGACAGGCUUCAAGGCUGAUUGAAUCCUAAAAAUUAGAAAAAUAUAUAUUUAACAAAUGUGAGGAAAGAGAAAAAUAUAUACGUAGAUAUAUAAAGAAGAAAGAAGCGAGAGAGAGAGAGAGAGAGAGAGAGAGAGAGAGAGAGAAAGGGAUGAGUGCGUGUGUGUGUGUGUGCGAGGGAAAGGGAGAGCGAAAAUAGGAUGUGCGACAUAUCAAAAGAUAGAUAAAUUCUUCUUGAAAAAUAACCACACGGCAAUACAUUCUACGCUCAAUACCGAUGAUAGGAAUUAACUAUAAUCUUUGGAAAAAUUUUAAACAACACGAUUAGAGAGUUCAGAAUCAUAGAAAUCGUAGAAAAAUUUUAGGUAUCUUAGCUUUCCUCGAUACGAACUCUUUAUCGUCUUAUGAGGUACGACAAUUACGUACAAUCUUAAUAUAGUUUUUAAUUAUUCCUUUAAUACCGAAAAUAUAAAUUAAAUAAUAAAUAAAUUAAUACUUUACAAAAUAUAUCGUAAUAUUUUCAUGAAGUACCCGAAUUUUUUCUCAAACACUAAUCAUAACUAUAAUAAAUAUGUAUAUUUUCUAUAUUAUGUAUUCUAAAUGAUUCAUUAAAAUCUUGUUCGACGAUAAAGUGUUCGAUCAAAUUUAAAUUCAAUACAUAAAUUCGAAAAUGUUUUAUAUGAAAUAUCACCAGUAUGAGCUUUACAAGGAAGUAAAUUGGAAAAUGAUAUAUGUACAUGCUCAUCCGUUUUCGUUACUUGCAUUCGGCCUAUGUUCACGUAUAAUGAAGAUAUGAAAAUAUUUUAAAUAUGGAUACAAAAAUAUAUUGGAAAUCCUCAGAAGUACUAAGAGUAGCCUAAUAUUUAUUUGUAACAUAUAUUUUGCUUCUUACGUUUAAAAGAUACAUGUAUCGAUUACAACCGACGCGAUGAAAAAACAGUUGGCGAUAAUUAACCGAAAUAAAAAUGUUCGUCAAGUCCUGCUAAAUUAGGACCUUUGGUAUCCUAUCCCGUAAAGUCUUUCAAAAUGCAAAAUAAUUAACCCUUAAUAGAGAAACAUCUUCGUUGUGACGACAAAAUGCCUCAAUAAUUUUAUUCGGUGCUAUUUUUUAUGUCUUACUCAGAUAUAUACAGUUUAAAAACUAAGAAAAUAAAUGACAAAAUAUAACUUACACGUUCAAUAAAAUAUUUUGUAAAUACAUUAAUUUGCAAUAACUUGCCUAACUUUAACUUGUACCGACUUAAUUAAUACUUACGUUUCGUUCAGGGUUAAUUAACGAGAGUCCAUGACGAUAACUAUAUAAACGAACAAAGAAAAAAAGACAAGUAUCCAUCACAAAAAGAAAAGCGUAAAUACAAGUUCGUUUCGCGAUUUCUUUAGUGCUGUUCUUUUGUCAAGAAAAUUUACCAUAGAACAUCUUGAUUCUUCAAUCCCCAUCGCAACAUUCAAUCGAGAGUAAGUCGUCCGGUCUCUUUCCUGUACAACCAUAUAAAUAAUAUUAAACAAGUGUAAAAUAUGUUAUUAGACAGUAUCAAAAUGAAUUUAACGGGUAAAGAAAAUAAUGAAUAUUCAAAUAAAAAUGCAGUAUUGGUUCCAAAAGAAAAAAAAAAAUCGAAAAGAAAGUUUAUUUAUAGAUACGUAUAUAUAUACACACAAAGUACAUACCAUGUAUGUGAUAAUGCGCCAAACGAAUCAAAGAGCAAAAUCGAAAAAAGAAACGCGUCGUUUUUUGGAAUAUCGUCACACAAGACUAUCGAGGUACGAAAAAUAAAAGGGAAAAAGAAGCACAAAAAGAGCUUACCGGUACGAAUAUGGACAAAAUAAAAAAGCAAAAAAUCCAAAGAAAGAACAUAUGUAAGUAGCUACGCAUAAAAACGAUACGAAGAAAUAAAUGAAAACUCUCGUUAAAAUCUAUGUUGCGCGCAUGGAGAGAACGGCCAUUCUUAGCUCAGUUUUGAGUAGAGUGGGGAUCAGGUGGAGUGACUAUUCAGAGUGCUCCUCAGUGCAGUAUGCGUUAUUAUCGUAUUCUUGGCGCCCAGUAUAUAAUCAACUCUCUCUUGUAAAUGGAGCAGGUGAAUUUAUGCGAAUGGGCUCCCUCUGCUGACUCUCUGUCAUUGUUUUGGCGGUGUAGAGGGGGCACAAUGGGCGUUUCAUCAAGUAUGAUCUGACCGAAACUGAAUUGAACGAAAUAAAUGCCUGAUCGUUUUUUCCGUGAACGCUAUAAACGACAUCAUACUUUAAAAAUUUCUUCCUAAGUAGCAGCUACAAAAAGAUGAUCGGGGAAAGAUGAUCGAAACACGUGAAAGAUGUAAAAGUAUAUUCCCGUUUCUACGAAAUCACCCAUCUUCGCGAAUCUCCUUGCAAAUCAUCCUCUUCCUUUCCUAUGUACGACGAGUGUAAAAAGAAAAUAUCAUGUAAUUAACGACACGGACAACAUACACACACUUACCCAUACACAUACCCAUACAUAUACAUACAUAUACACAUACAUACACCGCGACAUACACCGAUUGAUAUAAUAAUAUAUUGCGACAAAAUGAUUGAUUGUGAGUCAUUUAAAUAAUUGUUAUAUGUAUUUUCUAUAUAUUAUGGACAACUAAUACAAGAGAUGACAUUACGGUACUAUUAAUUAAGUGUAGCUAAUUUUAGAUAAAUGGAGAUAUUUGCGUUCUAAGAUAUGAGAUGACGAGGUUGGAUUAUCUAGUCCAAGUUUUCUAUGAAUCUCAGCGAGCGAAUGACGUUCGCGCGGUCACUAGAUAAAAAAAAUGAAGGCGAGACAUUUGAUACGACUAUAUCACAGAUUUCCUCAGAAACGAAAAAGACACGCAGACCUUUUUCUCAGAUUAUACAAGACGUAAAGUUUAUUAGAAAAGAAUGGGGAAAUACGAUAAGUCGACUUAUGUACGCCGGUAUCGUUUCGAGUGUCUACGCGGACGGUGAUUGCGAAAAACACUGAGUGAAGAAAUCAACGUGAAAUUUGCAACAAAAAAAAAAAAAUGUAUUUUCUCACUCCCACUGCGAGGUGUAUGUUCAUCGCUACAUCUUAUUUAGAACGAAAACCUAAAUAUUAUAUUAUUAUAUAAAAUUACUGUAUAAUUGUAACGAAAAUUGUUUUUCAAACGAUGUGGUAUUUUUAUUGUAGAUAUUAUUAUAUAACAAAUAAAAUCAUGAUUCAUUGUAAA